CAGAGAAAGUAUAUUAUUAUCUCAUCUAGGGGCAAAGUCGAAAAAUAAAAAUUUAGAAGAAUCGAAAAAAUAUAAAAUAAGAAUAAAAAAGUAUAUCUAAAGGCUAAAAGUCCGUUUCUAAGAAUUACUUAAAAAAAUAUCCCACAGGGCUUGUAGUUCUUGUGUCUGUUUGUACUUACUUUAUUUCUGCCACCCCCUACAUAUACUCAUUCUCAUAAACAACUUCAACCACUUACUAAAACCUCUCUUAUUAAGCAUUCAUUCAUCUAUAUAUAAACCUUUCUUAUCAGAUAAUAUCACUUCUCCCACUUUAAACCUUAAUUCAUAUCAUGGCUGCACAAUCUGACAACUUUCAGGAACCUUUAAAAUACAAGACUUGGACCUUGAGAGUCCCUAUACACUGUGAAGGAUGCAAGAAGAAAGUCAAAAAAAUUCUCCAUAAGAUUGACGGAGUAUAUAUGACAGAAAUCGACGCUCGCCAGCACAAGGUUAUUGUGACAGGAAACAUAGAAGCACAGACUCUUCUGAACAAACUAUCUAAAUCUGGUAAACCUGCUGAAUUAUGGUCAGAUAAGUCUGUGAACAAAGACUAUUUUGAAUCACAUAGUAAAGAGAAAGAAGUGACAAAGGCUAAAAACAAAGGCAAUAAGAAUAGUAGUAAUAAAGACCAGAAAGAAACUGGAAAAGCUCCUGAAGAGAAUGCUCAGAAAAGUGAAAUUAGCUCAGCUGAAACCCCUAAUGGAGCAGAAAAUGCAACAGCUAGUGAUGGUGAUAAGGCUUUACAGAUGGAAAAUGCUGGUAGAAAUGUUCAAGGUGAUGGAAAUGGCGGUGGAAACGAUAAUGAUAAGAAGAAAAAGAAAAGUAAAGGAAAUAAUGAAAGUCCCGGAAGUGUUGAUAGCACGAAUCCUCAACCAGUAUCGAGUACUUCACCUGAAGUUGCACCUGUGCCUGUAGAGGCACAGGCGCCUGAUCCAGCUCAGACACCUGCACAGGCGCCUGAUCCAGCUCAGACGCCUGCACAGGCGCCUGAUCAAGCUCAAAUGCUUGCACAGGCAUCGGUCCAAUCUCCAGAUAUGAAACUAUCAGCACCAGCACCAGCACCAGAACAAGGACAAGCACGAGCGCCAGAAGAAGCACAAAUGCGAGCACCAGAAGAACCAGCACCAGGACCUUCUCUGCACCAUGGCAGGCACAUGGAACCUUUAAACCUUGGACCUCCUUCUAACUUUGGACCUCCUAGACAAGUAUACCAACAUGGGCCAUGUCCCGGGCCAAUGGAUAGUUUUAGACCCAUGUUGCAGCAGGAUUACAUGUACAAUCCUAGACAACAUCCACCUUCACAACUUGAAAUGAGUUACAGUAUGGCACAACCUAGCAAUAAUAGUACCUCAUAUUAUGCUCCACCAUACUACUACACAUAUCCUCAACAUCCCAUGUUGUAUAUUCCUCCACCACCCUCCGAUCCUAUAAAUUAUGUCAAUUACGACGAUCAUUAUACUAACAAUGAAGAUUCAAAUCUAUGUCGUUUGAUGUAGCAUUAAGUA